AUGGCGAACCUCCCGAAGACCAUGAAGGCUUUGCAGUACUCAAAGCCUGAGAACUUCUCUAUUGUGGAGAUUCCUCUUCCCGAGCUUCGAGACGAUGACGUUCUCGUGAAGGUGAAGGCUUGUGGUGUGUGCGGAACGGACUUGCACAUCCACGAGGGCGAGUUCAUCGCCAAGUUCCCUCUCAUCCCUGGCCACGAGACCGUCGGUGUUAUUGCUGCAGUGGGCAAGAAUGUCAAGAAGUUCCAGAUCGGCGACCGCGUAGCGGCGGACAACUCUGAGCUCUGUGGCCACUGCUUCUACUGCCAGCGCGGCGAGCCACUGCUCUGUGAGAACUGGUCAGGCCACGGAACGACCCUGCCGGGCGGCUUCGCGGAGUACUGCGCGUACCCUCAACAUCAAAUCUUCAAGUUCCACAACAUGACCGACGUGGAGGCAACCCUGAUCGAGCCUGCCUCAUGUGCCUGCCACGGUCUCGACAAGAUCCGGCCCCGCCUGGGAUCGUCUGUCCUCAUGUUCGGCGCCGGCCCCACCGGCCUCAUGCUUGCACAGCUGCUGAGGCAGAACGGGGGCUGCUCCGUCACUAUUGCCGCCCCCGGUGGCCUGAAGAUGAACCUCGCCAAGAGCCUCGACGCUGCCGACCACUACGUCGAGCUUUCCCGCACAGACCCUUCAGCCCAGUUCGACGCGCUCAAGAAGAACAACCCGUACGGCUUCGACGUUGUCGUCGAGGCCACCGGCUCGGUUAAGCUGCUCGAGGAUGCAAUCAACUACGUCCGCCGCGGCGGCACCCUCGUCGUUUAUGGAGUGUAUGCCAGCUCGGCCCGUGUGUCCUGGCCACCAGCCAAGAUCUUCGGCGAUGAGAUUCGCAUCCUUGGUUCGUUCAGCGAGACGUUCAUGUUCCCUGCCACCAUUGAGUACCUGGACUCCGGAAAGAUCAAGACCAAGGGCAUUGUCAACAAGACCUUCAAGCUCGAGCAGUUCCAGGAGGCUCUUGACUCCAUCAAGAACAAGAGCGCCAUCAAGGCUGCUAUUGUCUUUGACUAG